AUUGCUUUUUAGCUGUGUGUGUUUGGUUUUUUUGUAACCUGUGUGGUAAACUGUCUUGAAGCAGAAAACAAAGGCUCAAGGCUCUGGCGUUUGUAGUUUGUUGUGGAACUAGGGCUGUCCUGACAGAGAAGGCUAAAUGUCUCAGAAAGUACCGUUCCCAGAAUUCCACAGCACAGAGCCGUGGCAGUUAAUGUGCCCCGGCGCCACAACAAACUGCCAUUCCCAGAAUUACACAGCAGUUAAUUCCGUGGCAGUUAAUGCGGCGCCGCCCCUGACUAUUUCUGCAGCGCAGAUACAUCCUUCGGGGGAAAGAGACCUAAGAAACGGGUCGGAAUGAGGAGGGAGGCGGGUUUCCAUCAGGCAGUGAGGUAGACGGCCCCAACGGCCGCCCGCUCUGGCUGAGAAGGACCCCGAGCGGAAGCUGGCAUGGAACCAUAGAGUUGGGAGCGGAAGUGGCGCAGAGGGGCUGCGCGCGCAGGAGGCGGGAAAGCGGCGCCGGGUUCGAGGGCCGGGAAGAGGCGCCGGAGGGAGAGGGCCAUGCGCCUGCAGUGCGAGGUGGCGGUGGCGAGCCGGCUGCUGCCCUCGGCGGGGCUCCGGGGUCCGGGGCGCGCCGUCAGGGCCCUGCUCUCCCUCGGGAGGCCGCCCGGAGCUGCCGGGGUCUGGCUCCUGGUCAGCACCGCCCGACACCGCCCCGGAUCCAAGUACCAGCUGAGAGAGAAUGUAGAGCACCUUUUCACCAAGUUUGUGGAAGAAGGAAAAGCCACCGUGAGGCUGAAAGAACCAGCGGUGGAUGUCCAUCUCAGCAAGGCAAAUGUGAGCCAGCUGAAGACCUUCCUGUCUGCAGUGAAGCUGGCUCACCAAGGUACUAAUGAAGAAACAUUACCGCUCUCUGCUUUGAUCCCAGCAAAAGCUUCCGAAGUUGAGAAACCAAAGACAAAAAUGACCAUCACUUCAAAGAAGGAUUAUCCUUUAACCCGAAACUUCCCAUACUCCUUAGAGCAUCUCCAAGCCUCCUACUGUAAACUGGCCCGUGUCGAUAUGCGCAUGCUUUGCCUAAAAAGCCUCCGGAAACUGGACCUGAGCCACAACCGGAUUAAAAAUCUUCCUGCAACUAUCGGGGACCUCAUGUGCCUUCAGGAACUCAACCUUCAGGACAAUCACCUGGAGUCAUUCAGUGUAGCUCUGUGCAACUCUACCCUCCAAAAGUCACUCCAGUCCCUGGAUCUCAGCCAGAACAAGAUCAGAGCACUUCCAGCACAGUUUUGCCAGUUGCAGGAACUCGUUCAGCUGAAGUUGGAUGACAACUACCUCAUCCGGCUGCCAUUCAAGAUCGGCCAGCUGAGCCAGCUCCGCUUCUUGUCAGUGGCUCGUAAUAAGCUCCCGUUUUUGCCUAGUGAGUUUGCAAAACUCACCCUCGAGAGCCUGGAUUUAUUUGGCAAUCCUUUUGAGCAGCCCACACCUCUGCUUCCUGAAAUGCAUCUGGAAGUCCCACUGACUUUAUUAGAAUGUGCUGCAAGAGCAAUAGUCCAUUACAGGAUGCCCUACGACCACCACACCCUCCCUUCUCACCUCUGCAUUGAUCUGGACAUGGCGAAGACCUGUCAGUGUGGACGCGCCUGUUUGAGCUGCUUCAUUCAGACAACAGUGACCAUGAAUCUGCACAAUGUGGCCCACACAGUUGUCCUAGUUGAUAACAUGGGUGGCACAGAGGCCCCCUUACUCUGCUGCUUCUGUUCUCUGACUUGCUACUCCCAGUUUCUGGACAGACAUCUGCAAAGCAUCCGGUGACCAUACAUCUAGCCUUCCAGGAUGUGCAACUGCUGCCUGGCUGAUACUACAGAAUCCUCCUGUUUCCUUACACAUGGUUAACGGAAUGGGAGGAGAGAAGGCCUUCUGCUCCCUUCCAAAUCAAAAGAAUCACUGCUUGUGUUAGCAUGUGAUCUCACAUGUAUGUUUGUGGUCCACAGGCCAACAUCACUUGUGGCCCUUGGUGACCCUAAAGGUUAUGCACCCUUGCUUUAAGGAACCAUUGCAUGGGAUUUCAGAAGCUUCACUAACUUGGUGAUCUCCAGACGCAAGGAGGCAGUACUAGGCAGACAGUGUGAUUAGUCAAGAGAACAGUAAUCUUAUCACUUGCUUUGCCUUUUUCAUUAUCCAAAAAGAGGAAGGAAAGGAAGCUUGGCUUUUCAAUGGAAUGUGGCUUGAAUUAGGAGAGAUGCCAUGUUUUCCUAAGUGUGGCCCUCUGGAUACUGUUGGACUUCCCGUCCCAUCAGCCCAAGCCAGUGGUAAGGAAGGUUGAGAAGUACAGUGAAACAUCUGGAGGGUUGCCUUUGCCUAAUCCUGGUCUAUGUUCUCCUCCUUGAAGCUGUUUUUUGCCUGUCAGAAUUAUUGAGGGCUUCAGGUUCUGUUCUUGAUGACAAGGAUGUGUUUCCUUACCACUGCUUAAAUGAUGCUUUGACCGGUAGAGAGGUUAGGCCUCAAAAAGAAUGACUUUUAUCCUUCCAUAUAAGGACUGGUCAUCUUUCUUUCCUUUUUAAGGAAAUUCUCAGUAGUGUUGUCAGAGUUAAAACAAUUUCCAAAAUAUGUUUAGAAGCUCAGCUGGCUUAGAACAAGAAGACAUGUUAUUUGCACAGCAGCAGAAUUUGGUCUUUAAAAAAACCCCAGGAUAUUUUAGCAUAGUUGAAGAAGUAAUCCUUGAACAUGGUGCUACUUCUAAAAUUGUUAACAGUGCAAACAUUUGAGCAAUUUUUAUACCUUUGCAUUUUUGAUAGUUUGUCUUAAAUGCACACCAUCACUGUUUACUGACAUAUUCAUGCAAAACUUUCUACAUGCUAGAGAACUGUAAUUUCAUGUACUGUAGCAUGUACUGUAAAUGUCACUUCAGAUUAUGAAGUUUGCACGCACAAGCUAAUUUCCUGAGUAUAAAAUGCAUUUGCGAGUGGGUGUUCAUGUCCAGAAAUUGUAACUUUAGUCUGCAGAAUGUGUUAUGCAGGGAUGUGAAGAGACAGGGCUCCUGGUAAUACAGAUUUUGCCAGCAAGGUACUUGGGAACCAAUUUAUUGAUUAGCAUUCUGGGCAGCUCUAUUUAAAUCUUCUCCUUCUAUUAAUAAAAUAAAAUAAAUACAUUCAUAAA